GGAACUCUGAACAGAAAUGGCUCCUGUAAAGCUGCGGAGGUUGGACCAGACCUUCACUCGAUCGUAUGGAGAAAUGAUCUCCAUGUCCUGCAUUCAUUCAACCCCUGGACAUACAACCGGAGAAUAAGAAUGAGCAUCACAUUUCUCUCACAGUAGCAACAUCUGUCCCAGUGCUGUUGCUUUCUCAGCCGCUCUGACUUGCACCCUCACCACUGACUGUAUGGACUGCUCUGUGCUGUGGUGACCUUCCUGUAUUAUUUAAAAAAUCCUUAUACACCACCGACCGCAAGUCCUAGGCUGGAGAACAGAAGAUUUCCCAGCAUGCACAAGGCUCAGAAUGGGCUUGCUGCCUCUCCGGCAGCGGAAAUAUAUGACUUCUCCGUGGAUGAAGAGGACGCCAAAGUGUUCCUCAGACCCGGGCAAGUGAGCAUGGUGUCUCCUUUGAGCCACUACAUCCAAAGCGAACACCAGCAUGCAGGACUCUUCUCCAUGCCCCAAGAUCCUGUGAGGAAGAAGAGGAAAAGGUGCGGCGUAUGCGGGCCCUGCAUGCGUACAGAGAACUGCGGCGCCUGCAACAGCUGCAUCAACAGGAAGGUCGCACAUCAGAUCUGCAAGCUCAGGAAGUGUGAGGAACUCAAGAAGAGGAGAGUCACCUUGCAGAAGGUGAACCAUUUUGACGACGGUGUAAGAGCACACACCUUAAUCCCCAACCUGGCCACAGAGACCAUUUCAGUGGUGGGUUCAGUGGAUGGCCCCAGUAGAAGUGGCCAGAUGGAAAUUGACCAUGGAUGCCUGGAGAAAGGCGUGUUGAACCAGGAGUUGUCCAAUGGGCUGAGUCAACAUGAAGAAGAAACUAAUGAUCUUGAAGGUGGAGCUUUGUCAAAGCUUAGCCACCAGCAGCAGGAGACAUUAACAUGUCUUUCCCAGACACAGGGAUGGGGGCCCGGGGAUCUGAAAGGAGCCUCUACCCCUCAGCAGCAGGAGACAAACUGGAGUGACCAGAGCACAACUAGUGUGGGAAACAGUGUGGACAUGGAGAAUGCUAGAACUCUGGUGGCCUUCUCAGCUAGUGCAGGUUCCCUACCCCCUUGCAGUGUUCCUCAACCUUCUCAUAACCCUAAUACAGAGCUGUAUGAGAAAUUCAACCAGGAAAUGGCUAAUCGUGGUAAUGGCGAUAAGCAAAAAACAUGGAGUGGUGAUGAUCAGCACUGCACUUCAGAGGAUCUGAAAACCCUACAGAUUGCUUUAAAUCAAGCCCGUCAUGGUCAGAAGCCACCAAGUUGUGACUGCGAUGGACCUGACUGUCCUGAUUACCUUGAGUGGCUGGAGAAAAAGAUUAAAAUGGCAGGCAAUUGCCAGGAAAAGGGUCCUUGCAAGUUAUCAGGCACUUCUCAGACAGAGCAACAACACUAUCAGUCUCAGCCUCAACCCAAUAGUGCAAACACCUCUUGUGGAUCAGAACCACAGUCACAGAAUCCUGUUAACCAGUCUCCAGUUCCAAAACUUUAUGGCCCCCUCCCACCCAUUCCCUGUUCUCCCAGUGUGCUAUCUAUCGCUAAGGAGCGGAAUGUCAGUCUACAGACAGCUAUUGCCAUUGAGGCGCUGACCCAACUAUCUGGCACUGGUGGGCCUGCAGGUGAUUCAGCACUGGGAAAUUCCCACCAUCAUGCAUCGCCUCAGCCCCCCUGUCAAACCCAAGAUGAUCUGCAAUUGAUUUCUUCUGUACCCAGGUCCCUUUCAUCAUUACCUGCAUCCACUAUUCCCCAAUCAUUGUCCUCUAGGCAUUUCCCUCAACAAAAUUCUGCUUUAUGGGAGCAACACAGGCCUGAGUCACAGGGUCCUGCUCAGCACCCCCCCCAAUGCCAAUCUACAAACUCCCCCUUUUCAUCCUCACAUCCAUCUACCCCUAAUCCAUCACCUCACCAGUGGCAACAGAGCACUGGAGCAAGCUGUGAGAAAAACUCUCCUAGGACUCCAUGGAUGUUGAAUCCUGAAACUCAGGCUUGUUUUCUACACCCAUCUCGUAGCAGCAGUGACCCAAUGUCUGAACUAAAACAGCUUCUCGGAGACAGCAGUGGAAAGUACACUAGUUCUACAUUCAAGUUUCCAGCCCCACCUCAAAAUCUGAAGGACAACCACCCAAUGAUGCCUCAUGUCAAACAAGAGGUCAACAAUGGGGAAUACCCAGGAGAGAUGGGUGCAGCAAUGGGCCAGUAUAGGAUUGUAAGUAAUCAACAGCAGUUUCAAGGCCAACAGAUUCCUCAGUCAAUUAGGUACUCAACUCAGGCAGCACUGCAACAACACCUUCACCAUAAACGUAACCUCUUUUCUGGUCCUCAAUCUUUUGCUCAGCACACACCAUGCCAGACUCUCCGCAAAUGGUGGCCACAGUCUACUCCAGAGAGCGCUCUAACCAUCAAACAGGAACCUAGGGAACCCAAAAAGAAAAAGAACACACAGAGUUCUCCUCUCCUUAAGCAGUCUCUGGGCGGACUGCUUGGUUCAUUGGGGCCACCUCUUCCUAAACCUAAACAAAUCGUCAUCAAAAAGCAUAAGCAAAAGGCCUCCCAGCCUCUCUUUCUCCCACAAAAUCAAAUCACAGUACAAAAAUCCCUAUCCCAAAACAUGCCACCUCUACCUGUCAUGGAGGCUGCAGUUCCUCCGUGUCCACCCCUACAUAACUCCUCUCAGGUGGUAGUGAGCCAAGCAGCUCCAGCCCAAUCUCAGGAAUCAGUUUUGAACAGCAGUCAUACCAUUAUCUCUGAAAACCUCACCUUAGCUUCCAACCCUCCUAAUGUUCCAGUGCCCCCUGCCCGGGAUGAACUGACUAGCUCAAACCCCACCACAGCUAACGAUCCUCUGGCCACCACUUCCACAAGCCAGACAACCACAUCUGAGUCUACUCCACCUCUAUGUGGCCUCAAUUCCCUUGAUCCAAAAUUUGAAGAGAUUCUUCGUCAGUUUGAGGAAGAAUUCGGGGACACACCUGCACCUGUCACGGAUGCUCCAGAGCAGGACUUCGCAUCUUAUAUGGAAACGGAAUCACACCAAAAUUCUAACUCAGGACAAUCCAGACCCCAGUCACCAUCCACAAAAAAAAUCAACAACAUUUCUGCCCCAACAACUGAGCCUGAACCUAGUCUGAAGCAGGCUGAGGGGGAGAAUGAGGAGAUGUCUGUGUCCUCCAACCAGCUUUCUGUUAUCAAACAAGAAGCUGCAGAGUGUGAAGUAGAUGUCAAGCCCCCAGAUGAGCUAUUGGCUCUGGCAACAGAGGCUUAUCUGCAGCAGCAACAUCACAAAAUUCUUGUGGACCCCUUUACUGCAACCUGCUCUCCACCAAACAAACGGAUGAAGAUUGAGUCAUCAGGAGGUGUAACAGUGCUUUCCACAGCUGGAAAUUUCUCCACUGCUGAGGAAAAUUUGGAUACACCCACAAAAGAGAAUUUUCCUUCAUCCCCUUCACUAAAAGGUUUUCUGGAAUCCCCCCUACGUUACUUAGAUACUCCAACCAAGAGUCUUCUGGACACACCUGUAAAGAAUGCUCAAGCAGAGUUUCCCCUCUGCGACUGUGUGGAGAAUAUCAUAGAAAAAGAUGAAGGCCCAUACUACAAUCAUUUGGGAUCUGGGCCAACUGUGGCUUCAAUAAGAGAGCUUAUGGAGAACAGGUAUGGAGAGAAGGGUGAGGCUGUCCGUAUAGAGAAAGUAGUGUUCACGGGGAGAGAAGGCAAGAGCUCCCAGGGAUGCCCUAUCGCGAAAUGGGUAAUACGACGUAGCGGCGAAAAAGAGAAGUUGUUGUGCCUGGUGCGGCAACGGGCUGGGCACCACUGUGCCAACGCUGUCAUCAUUGUCGUCAUCUUGGCAUGGGAGGGCAUCCCAAGGGCUCUUGGUGAUAAAUUAUAUCAAGAGGUCACAGAGACGAUCACUAAAUACGGCAAUGCCACCAGCCGCCGUUGUGGCCUCAAUGACGACCGUACUUGUGCGUGCCAGGGAAAAGACAUCGAGACCUGUGGUGCUUCAUUCUCUUUUGGGUGUUCCUGGAGCAUGUACUUCAAUGGGUGUAAAUAUGCCCGCAGCAAGGCCCCUCGCAAAUUCAGACUGCAGGGAGAACACCCCAAAGAGGAGGAACUUCUCAGGGAUAACUUCCAGGAAUUGGCCACUAAAGUGGCACCUGUAUAUAAGCAGCUGGCCCCUCAGGGUUACCAAAACCAGUGUGCAACUGAGAAAAUAGCACCAGAUUGUCGGCUGGGUCUCAAAGAAGGGCGGCCUUUUUCUGGCAUCACUGCAUGCAUGGACUUCUGUGCCCAUGCCCACAAAGACCAGCAUAACCUCCAUAAUGGCUGCACUGUGGUUUGCACGCUUACAAAAGAGGACAAUCGGAAAUUGGGUGUAAUCCCUGAAGAUGAACAGCUUCAUGUGCUUCCGCUUUAUAAGAUAUCUUUGACUGAUGAGUUUGGCAGUGAAGAAAACCAACGCCUAAAGAUGCAGAAUGGUGCAAUCCAGGUACUCAGCAAGUUCCGCCGAGAGGUCCGGAAACUUCCAGAGCCUGCCAAGUCUUGCCGACAGCGGCGGUUAGAAGCCAAAAAAGCUGCAUCUGAGAAAAAGAACAAGAAACAGCAGCUGCCAGAAACACCCGAUAAGACGAUUACAAAAGAUGUUUCUUUGCAAGGCAAUAAAGCAAUUCCAAAACAAGAGGUGAAGCCCAUCAUCAUCAAAAAAGAAUCAUUUGACCACUUUCAGGCUGUCAAUGGAGCCUUGGAUGGCUACCCACCCCUUGGCAAUGCCAAAAUGUGUCCUGAUCCCUACAGUAUGAAUGGUGCCUACCCUUCCUAUCCUGGUCCCUAUGCAAGAGGUAGUCUGCCUUCCAAUAGCCAGUCUUCUACACAUAGCCCCAUCAAUGGCUUUCAUCCGAAUCUCCAAGGGAUGCCCUACAAUUACUACAACUAUGCUCCAAAAGGCCUUUUGUCCCCUGGAGUCUUGGGUUAUGUGGGUCAUAAUGGGACCUGUUCCAAGGCUGCUGGAGAAAAAGAGAAAACCACUAUCCAGAGUCUUCAGGCCAGGCUGGUACAAAACCAUGCUGCUAAUCAGCAUCGCCAACAAGGAGUUGACAUGACCAACCACAGCUACCUACACCAGUCUGAGGCUUUAGCGUCUCCGGCACCACCUAAACAUACUCCAUCUGCACCUCCAGAUCAGAUGCACCGUGUCGCACCAAUCAUCAAGCAGGAACCUAUGGAGCUGCCUCUCUAUGACAGCAGAACUGACGGGCAAGUCCGAAGUUGCCCUGUCACGCCCAGUGUCACCCCACAACCCAACACCUGGCCAGGGCACACACCCAAUGGCAGCUUAGCUUCCAAGGACUGGGAUGGAAGUCUCAGACCAGGUCAAAUUCAUGCACCCUUCACUCCUGAAAAGCAGCGGCUUCACCAGCAGCAUCAUAGCCAACUUCAGCAUUCUAAAUAUGUCCAAAAGCAGCAGCAAUGGCGCUCAUACCCUGGUACUCCAGUAGCAUCCCCUGGCCUCUCUUUAGGCCAUAAGACAGGCCCAACUUCAGCUCCUUCCCCUCACCCAGCUACCCCACAGCACUGGGGCAACCCCGCCCCAAGUCCACAACCCAAGGCUUGGGGUCAACCAGGGGCAUUGGAUUAUAGUCUUGGGGGACUUAGACAGGGAACCCCUGUUGGGGCUUGUCCAGACAAGAUGAUGGCUGAGGCAGCAGACAUCCGGGGCUCCACUCCUUUGGGCCUCCAGGAGAAAGCAUGGAAAUCUGGAGGUGCCUCUGCAGCAGGAAGCAAUCCAUCACCUGCACCAGAAGGUCGUCUGUUUCCAGAUGCACUGCAGAAUGUGACAGGGCAGGCAUGCUGGGAUAGUGAGGUGGAAAGUGAACGAGAGCCUGAAGAGGAGGAGGUGUGGUCAGACAGUGAGCACAAUUUCCUGGAUCCUAACAUUGGAGGAGUAGCAGUGGCUCCGGCACAUUGCUCCAUUCUUAUUGAAUGCGCCAGAAGGGAGCUGCAUGCCACCACACCCUUGAAAAAGCCUGACCGCACUCACCCGACCCGUAUCUCCCUUGUGUUCUACCAGCAUAAGAAUUUAAAUCAGCCCUGUCAUGGACUGGCACUAUGGGAAGCCAAAAUGAAGCUCCUGGCUGAAAGAGCAAGACAGAGGCAACAGGAGGCUGCCCUCCUUGGCCUUUCACAAGAAGACAUCAAAGCUUAUGCAAAGAAACGCAAGUGGGCUGAUGGAAUAGUAAAUUCCACCUCUGAGCCAAUCAAGGACAAGCGGGACGGGGUGACACGGCUGGCCCCCACACAGCACACCACCACCAUAGUCACAGCGUCACCCUACGCCUUCACUCGGGUCACAGGGCCCUAUAGUUGCUUUAUGUGAUCUCUGUAAGAAUGAGGGGCAGGAAAUGGAGGUACAAAAGAAAUCUCUCUCUUUACUACCUUGUAUCUCUCCCUUCUCUGUAUUCUCUCCCAGAGAAAUGGUGGAUAAAGAGACACAUUUUUUAAAUUAUUUUUUUUUUACCUCAUGUUUUGGUGGCAGUUUGGGAGUCCCCCAAAUGAACAUGCUGCCCAUGGUGCUCUUGUUCUCUCCAAAAUGGAAGGGAUUCCAUAGUUUACCCUCCCUAAGUGAAUUUAAUGAUUCUAAUAUUAUUUCUAUUAUCACUAUUAUGAUUGCAAUUGUUACUGUUGGAUGUUAUUACAGGUAUUGUUAUUAUAUAAUGAAAAUGACUUUUUUUUAUUUUAAUUGUAUUGUUUUUUUCCCAGUGUCAUUAUUAUGAUUGUUUUAAGAUUUCCCCCCUUUCUCUUGUCUUUGUCACACUUACUUGUUUGAUAUGAUUGUCUGAACAAGUUGAAUGAAUUUUGUUUUUUUUAAUGCCUUUUUACCCAUCAACGUCUUCAUAAAACAGCACCUUCACAUCACUGCAAGCCAAGCGUCUACACACCAACACAAGAUACUCUGAAAAAGGACACUGUUUCUAAGUUAGCUGGGUCUAUUCUGCAGUCACAAAGUGUGUGACCAAAACAAGUAUCAGAAGCUGUGGUACCAGUGCUACGCGAAUACUAGGCUUUUCGGUCAACUGGUGCUUUUUUCUGUCUUAGCUGUCAUCAUAAUGGCAGCCGGCACUGGAUCAAGGUGCUCCACAGAAAAGGUCCAGUUGUGCAUCCAGCUGACCUGAUCAGAUGUCAUUGUCUGAGGCAUCCUCAUCAUCAACCAGAUGGUGCUGACUAAUUUCUUUAUGGUGCAGUAUCUAGUUCCUAUCCAUGAGACAGCAGUAGGUCAAAUGUUCUCUGAGGUGCUAUUGCAGUUUGGCCUACCCUACCAAUGCCCUAAAGAUGACCUAGAGUAGGACCUGUGCUCUGCAGCACAAAUUAGCUAUUUUAACCUGUAAACUGCUAGAGCUGUAGAAUUCUCCUUCAAAUGUGAGGUUGUUAGCUAACAGGCUAAAGCUUCAGUGGAAGAGAGACCAUUCAAGGGUAUUGGUGCUACUCACUAGUCUUUCCAUGCCUCUUUGUCUGCUUUUGCCCUUACAGCUGAUCUCCCCAUAACCUGGAAUUUAGGUGCUUCUGUUCAACACUUCUGUUCAUGUGUAAAUGUGGGGAAAGCUGAAGGGCUGCAGUUGGUUUACAAAAGGCAGUAGGCUUCUUGGUGCUUACAGAUCACAGAUAGUCUGGUGCUUUUGAAGCUGUCCUCUAGCUCUUUACCUCAUGUUGAGACGUUGUACCCGGUCACAACAUGUUACUAAUACAUGGGCUAUAGAGACCGUAGGUCUUUGUCCUACAUCCACAUACUUAUAUACUUUUUUAUUAUUAUUUAUUACAUUAUAAUGACUAUGAUGAUUAUUGUUAUUGUGCUUGUUGUAUUUUUGUUUCAUUUUAAACAAAUUGUAAAUAGAAGAAAAGAUUUUAUAAAAGCACUUUUAAUCUUGAUUUUAAGGAGGAAAAUGAUGAUAAUGGAAUAUUGACAACUUGAAGCAUAAUUUUUUUUUAAAUGGAAUUUUAUUGGGAGAGAUAGAAAUGUAAAUAAUUAAAUAUUUAGGUAAGAUUAUUUAACUGGUGAGGAAUAAAUCAUAAAUGAUUCCUUUAAUUUUUAGUUGUCAGCAUGUUAAGCCCUCAAUACUAGAUGAAAGCUGGUCCUGAUCAGUACUCUUUCUCUGACACUUAUGGGCCCUGCUGUGUAUCCUCUGUACUUAGUAUACUGCUGUUCUUUUUAAUAAGUACUGUACUUAGACCGAUACCUCUGAAAAAGCACCUAUAGCAGCUUCCUCUUUCAACACAUGACCCAGACAGACUUGAGAACAAAACCUACAGCAACACGCAGUUGAAAGUUUUCACAGGAUAAUAUCAUGUGACAUGAUAUAAUCCUGCAUACUCUUUGUCACAGAUAUGUUGUUUGAGCUUGGAAAAAAAAUUCUAAUGAAUUUACUAUUUAAAAUCCCUUGUUUAAGUGAAAGGCUGUGCAUGUGUCUUGCACUGUAACAGAUCUUCAAUAGAAUAUGUGAUUUUUAUACCUUAGCAAAGUUUCAUAGACCUUAUAAAAUGUAAUUUCUUCUUAAAGGUCUGAAACUCUUUGUAGAUCAUUGUGUUUCAGGUUUGUGUUUCCUUGAAGCCACUUGAAUUCAUAUUUGACAGAAGUUAAAUUUUUAACCAUGGUGCUACCUGUAGAGGUCACUGUAGAAAUGCAGAACAUAGCAAAAGCUAUGUUACUUUCAAAAUCUUUAUAUGAGCCAUUGUCUUGGUUUUAAGUGUAUAGGAAAUGUCUAUGGUGCUGACUGCUUUUUUUUUUUUUUUUUUUCAAAUUUUCCUCAGUCAUGUUGAAAAAUGCUGAUAAUGAUCAUGAUUUCAAAGCACUCAGAUGUUUUGGCAUUUUUU